AAUCCGACGGAGGAACUACUUGGUGUAUUGAAAAACCGCCAUCUUGGAAAACACGGUAGGAAGUGAAAUAGUUUUGUAACUUUUUAAUAUAAAAAUAGAGUAUAAGUGGAACAUCCCAAUGAAUUGGUGAUACUGGAACUAAUAUAAACAUGGAGACUAUAAAACUGAACACACUGGUGUGUCUAUUUUGCCUCCUUGGAGCAGUUAUCGGCCAAGGAGCUUACGAUUGGAUGACUUAUGACGCUUUUGAUGAAAUAAAUGAUAGGAUGGAUGCUAUUACUCCUGAAAACUGUCGAGCAAAGCCUGUAGCAGAGCUCAUGUUGAAUCCAGACUCAGUUGCUCAAAAACCAGUGUCAAAUAAACUUUUGAGUCAGCUAAUCUACCCGAACAGAACAUGUUUGCUCCAUUUACAUAACAUGGCGCUCAACCGUGCCUAUUUCUACAGUUACAUGAACCAAGCUCUGAACGAAACUAAAACUGAAUUUCAUAUGCAACCUGGUUUGAUGUACUACUAUAUGAGUGCUGAGGCAGAUGUUGCUGCGAAUCCUGGGUGUAUCAACGGCUCUGCCAUCAUGUGGGACAAUCACUAUACAUACGCCAAUUGGUAUACAAAUCUUGAGUUCAAUCACACAUUGCCGUUAUUUGGUGCCCGAGCUUGGCGGUUUGAUGAUUACAACGAGCCAACUAAUUGGCUACGUGAACCAACAAAUUAUACAAUUAAUAUCGAAGAUUAUGGCGCAGGGCAAGGCUCAAAUUACUCAAAUUCUGACUACAAACUUAACGAAUGGUACAACAUGUGGAUGCCAGAUGCAGACAGUAGUUUAGACUCUUUAAGAAAACAUACAUAUGAUGUUGCAGUUCAUUUCUCCAACCAAACAGGAGAAUUCAUCAAUAAAGAAGGUUACGAGGGCAGAGCAUUUUUCGGACCCUCAUCACCAGGUCAGCGUGAGAUAGAACAUCUUCCUGUAAAAUACACCGCCCCCUAUUACGACUGUGGCAGAUCUAACAAGUGGAUUAUAAGUGCAACCUCACCUGUAUUAGACUAUGUGCCGAGAUAUAUCUUCAACUGGACCGAUUUGAGCCGACAGAGAUUUGUUGGUGCAAUCGUCAUGGAUACAGACUUCUUGAAGAUUGACUUGAACCCGUGCCCUGCAGGCCAGGGUAACCCCCCACCCAAUAUGUUUCAGAACAUAGCACGAUGUGAUCCAACCACACAAUGUGAGCCACAUCACGGUUGGGGUUUUAAACGAGGUGGCUACAAUUGUGCCUGUCGUCCUGGUUACCGUUACCCCGCAUUCCAGAAUGGGCCAUACGAGGGGGUUGACAUAGAAAGAGCGACAAAUACGGAACAUGAGAGAGGUUUUCAGUGUCUGGAAACAGGAUGGAAGCAAACUUUACCAAACUUGGAUGGAGAAAGACCAGUAGAUACAGGAGUUAUUCCAGGCCUUGGACGGAAGAAACGAGCCAUAAACUCAAGAAAACAUGUUGAGUCAGAUCUAGUUAAAUCAAGGAAAAAACGUACAAUGUUGAAGAGUCGAACAAAGCGCAAGACUCCUGUUAGCCUAAAGGAGACAUUUAUCGAAGCUAUGAAUGUUGUUAUUAAGCCAGAGAUUGAGGUUAAAGAAAGGGCCAGACGACAUAUUGUAUCUAAGAGGGCCCUUCCUAAACCAGAAGAGAAGAUUACCAAGGAAGCCCCUAAAGUUAAACGAUCAUUUGUACCACGAUAUGAAAGAGACACUUCGAAACAUCGUGUGAAACGUGAUUUCUUUGAUGCUGAAGCAUUUGAGCGAUUUCAACGAAUCGACAACCAUAGACUACAAGUGAAGGCUGACAACUGUCAUCUGAUGACCAAAGAUGACUUGUUCCUGCCGGGAGAUGUCGCAUAUGGAGCUGAUGAACAACUUCAGAAUCAGGCAAGGACCGCUCUCCGUAUGGCACACUUUAUCAGUAACUUCAUGGAGAAUAUUGACUUCUAUGAGGAGUAUGGAACCCUGCGUGGAGACCGUCCUCUCAACUACGAGCAACUGUUUGGGGAAGUCAUGGCAAAUGUGAUGGCUGAUUAUAAAAUCCAUGGAAGUGGUAUCUUCUUUGAUACUGAUAAGUUUGUAAAUCUGGAUGGUACAACGCGUCAGUACUUUGGGCCGUAUGCAUACAAAGCUAGUGGAACACGAACAAAGGUUGUGGAUUUUGCUGGAUUUGAUGGUGAGCCAUACAUCAAUGAUGACUGGUUUGUGAAUAUUAAGGAGAGAUGGCAGUCAAAUGUCUAUGGUUUGAAGAAAUGGACUACAAAGGCCUUGGUCAGAUCAGACUUGAAAGGAACAGCACUGAACAGAUUUGAACAUUACCCAAUGUUCUACAGAGCACCUGCCUUGGAUGAUGGCCAGUGGAGCAAGCCAUACUUUGACUGCGGUGGCCAUACUGGCAUCAACGAUUGGGUCAUCACUUAUUCUGUCCCUUUCUUUGGAAUGAACAGCCUCCGCACCCAUAUUGAAUUCAAGGGUGUUGCCACUGUAGAUGUCUUAUUGGCAGAGCUAGAUAUCCACCAAUGUCCAAUGCCCUUCCAUGUCCCCAAUGCUUUCAAGAGUACCGCUCGUUGCCAUUACGAGAGCACAAGGUGUGUUCAUCUGCCUGGGAAGAAGUUUAACAAGGGAUCAUACAAGUGCGAGUGUCGCCAGGGUUAUGAGUACCCCUUCAACGACAGAGCCUGGUACUAUGAUGGACAGACCAUGGAGUCUGAAUACAAUAAAAUGAUUGCGGCUGAGAAGGGUGAAUCAAAUCCUGAUGAAGUACGACACAGGUUUCACACUCUUAAAUGCCGUCCUGCAAGUGCCCCAAGAAUAGCUGGUAGCUCCAUUCUUCUCCUCGUCAUUGCAGCAGUUAUACACAUGAUGCACUAGUGACAUCUUUUAUUUGCUUUACUUGAAUUUUACAUAUCAUUCAUCACAAUGAGUGUGGUAUUUGGGACAAUUUAAAUUACAGGCCAAAUGUUUUGUUAUUCCAAGAAUUUAUAUAGGUAACAUGGUAAUAUACAUCCUAAUGUAACAUUACACUGGGAAUUGAACAACAGAACAGUCCUUUAAGGACUACCUCGAAGAAUUAAUUUAUAUUCUCAAUUUUUCACUGUAAACAUCAUAAUAUCUCUGUCAACACUGAUACACAAUAAGAAUUGAGAAGUAACUUCUGCAUAAGAUUGACAUCUUGAGAUCCAAAUAUCAUAAUGUUGAUUCCAAAUGUAUAUGUGUGUUCAAAUUCGAGACUCUACUCUUUACAAUAGUACCCCUGCAUUGAAAAAUGACAUAUGAUGCUUAUGAAGUUAUUUUGUGAUCAGUUAUGGUGUACAAGUUUUUAAAAUCAUUUGUGAAAGCAAUGUAAAUAUAUAUUUUGCAUUUUUUAACGAGAUGGAAGAAAGAUCUGCUGUAGAUAUACUCAUAGUUUUUAAUCUAGAAAUUGUAGUUUUGUAUAACCAGACAAUUACUGUCAGCCUGUGCCUACUUUAAGAUUGAUCACAUAAAGUAGAUGUUUAAAUGAUAUUACAU